AUGCGUACAGUGCUCCUUGGGAUGAAUCAGAGGGAAACCGAGUUGAAGGAAAAGGUGUGUGCUGUGGCUCUGACUGACUCGGCUCACAAUAUCUGGCUGCAGGAGACCAGCAAAGGCACGCAGGACUGGAUGCAGCAGCACUGUUGCAACUGGGUAUCGAGCCCAGAGCCUGUGGACACCCUGCUGGAUCCCAUGCUGCGAGACUGCCCCAGGGUCUCUGCAGGCACAGAGCGGCAUGAGCUGACCUCCUGGAUGAGUUUCGACUCCAUCUUCAGGUUCUUCAAUAAAAGCCUAGAGACGAAAGAGGAUGAGGAGGCGGAGGAGACCUCCAACACUGUUACCACACGUAGCAGCUCCCUUAAAUACAAACACCAAGAUUUGUAGAGGAUAGACAAAAAUGACUUGGAACGAGAGGAGAUGGAGUUUUUGUGGCAAUGGAUCAGAGAGGGGGAAUGCAGAAAGGGAGGCUAAGGUUCCAGAUCCUCUGAUAUUCCUUCCUUCCCCUCUCCGUCUGUAACCUCCAAUCUUUUUCUCCUCACCCUUCUCCUUGAGUGUCAUUCCUCCCUUCCAGCCCUCCCUGGCUGUGCAAACACAUAGCCUUGUUGUUGUAAGAGACAAGAGUACAGGGUCACCAUGUAUACAUCACAAUAACGUUUUGCAUUACUUCUAGAUGAGCGCAACUGUCAAAGCAAUAUGGGCAUGAGUGUUAGCGCUUCCCGUGGGCUGUGGCCUGGCUGCGGGUACGGGCCAUGGCAGCAGAGAUUAAGGCUGACAGGUGCUGUGCACAAUGCACUGUGGUGCACCUCUAAUUGUCCUGACAUCAGCCUGAACUGAGCUAAUGCCCCGCCUGCCCUCCAGUCUGCACUGCUCAGUCUCUCCCUCCUCCCCCCCCUGGUCCUAAAGCCUGGGCUACUUACCCUGACAUCAGCUCAUGCUAUAAGGUAUAUUAUCAAGCUGAUCAGUGGACAUCUUCUUUUUUGAAAUCCCUUGCCCGCCACAAAUGGUUUUUUUUCAAAGAGUGAACACAUACUCUUUACUGGGGACCAUUUAUUUUGUUUUAACAAAGGGUUUUUGUGUUUUUACUUUUUUUAAUCCUCCUCUGCACAUGCAGUCAGAUUUUAAAACAAUUAUUCUUCCUUUUAGCUUAGUGUCAAUUUAGUUAGAACCUGUGCCAUAUAUGUUGGGGAUUGCACCGCUAUAAUAAGAGAUCUUUUUUAAAUGUUUCAACUUUGAGCUAAAUUUAAAUGCAAUGUCUCAUACACACAUCCCCACUAUUCCAUUUUUUUAUAUUGAGCCAAUACUUCAGCUGUGAGUGUUUACUUUAGAAUUUCUCUAGGAUUGAUUUGCGAAGCUGUGGAGAGUGCGUUUCUAUGUGUUUAUUAUAAAUAUGUCCUUUUUUUUCAAUUUGAUAUCCUUGAAAUUGAUGUCUCCGGAUGAUUGGAUGUGAUGAAACAAAUAAAACAAACACAUCUGUGCUGAAUAUGAAAAAUUCAGGACACUGAGCAUAUUUAAAAUUACUUAAAGUCAAGCAUCAAAAUGGGUUUGCGGGAUAUCUCAUUUUAACAGGAGCCAGAAGUCAGCUCAAAACUCUCAUAAAGCCUCAAUAUAUCACCUUACAUGUGUCAGGAAAUCCAAGAUUUCAAUAUUAUUCUAAGCCUGAAUGAUAUUUCCUUAGAUGUUGGAGAAAUGUAACAUAUCUUUUUUUUACCCCUUUUUCCUCCCACCAAAGUACUCUUCUUGUGUACUUAAAAGUGACAAAGUCAGCUCCCUGCUCAGCGGCAUAAUCUGACUAAAUGACACAAACAUAAUAAAAAAAGAUCCACAAGGGUGUGCUUUAUAAACCACUCAAGGCUUAAUGGAAUACAUUUCUAAUGUGUCAUGACAUUAGUUACAACUCAAACUGGUACUAAAUCUUAUGAUACCCCUAGACAUCUUUCUCAAAUAUAUAUAUUCCAUUCUUUACUUCGAAUAGUUCCCAUUGUUUAACUUUUACACUGUGAAAUCCUACCCCUCCUGUGUGUAUGGUUUAAGGCUUUUGUAGAUUAUCUUCCUGCUGUAAUGAGACAACUGUGGCUGAUGGUUGCAGGCCUAAUUUUCUUUUAAUGUGAUUCAGAUCUCUCCAGGUUUCAGCAAAGAAGUUGGUUUAUUAUUUGAUUUGAUGAGUUUCGUUUCAAGAUACCAUUGUUCAUCUUUUCUGCUUUUCAGCUACAAUCAGUUCAUUUUCACUCCAUAAUUUGUAUAUUGUUGCCUUAGGAAUAAACAAGACUCUGUUCACUGUUUUUAAUAAUAUCGAGCAAGCCAUAUGUGAAUGGAACUAAAGAUGUAAGAGCAGCCUAAAUCCAAAGUACAGUGUGCAAAUAAAGGGGGACUAAUUUUGACAAUUGCUCUUGAAGACUUGUUUUGCAGGUGUUGUGUUGGUUUAAGAAUCCUGCAUUUUUUUUUGUAUCGCAAAAGUCUUUGGAUUUUGACCACAAGUGUCCUGCCCGAUCUUUGUCUCGUUCUGUUUGUUACUAUUUUAGUUUUAAAAGUCUUUAAUCAUUAUUUUAAAGUUGAUUUCAUUUUUUAAUUAAGCUAUUAAA